ACAGGCUUUUCUGAUUUGCUGCCGCCUUCGGCCCGCAACCGGAAGCUCUAUGACAGAACAUGCGGGCUCCCGGCGUUGCCACCGAGCCUGCUAUGUACCGCGGUCGUCCGCGUGAGAAGGGCGGCUGAAUCUGCUGAGGCAUGAGCUGGGUCCAGGCCAGCCUGCUGGCCCGAGGCCUGUCCAGGGGCUGGGGAGGCAUCUGCAGUACUGCCCUCUCAGGAGCUCCUGCUCAGGUGUCCCUCCAGGCCGCACGAGGGCUCCAUCGCAGUGCAGUUAUACACAGGGAUGACGUGUGGUUGGUUCCUCAACCUCCCGAGCCCCAGAGGAAGCCCAUCAAGGUCCCAGUUCUCCAUGAAGAACUGUUCACGCCAUCGGCAAACGGGGAGCAGGACAAGGCAAGCUUCUUACGUGCAGUGCGCAGCUUUGGGGAGCACAGCGUGCGUAAGCGUGGACAUGUGGACUUCAUCUACCUAGCGUUGCGCAAGAUGCCAGAGUUCGGUGUGGAGCGGGACCUGUCAGUGUACAACCUGCUGCUGGAUGUCUUCCCCAAGGAGGUCUUCCGGCCCCGCAAUAUUAUCCAACGCAUCUUCGUCCACUAUCCACGGCAGCAGGAGUGUGGGAUUGCAGUCCUGGAGCAGAUGGAGCGACACGGAGUUAUGCCCAACACAGAGACAGAGUUCCUGCUGACUCAGAUAUUUGGACGCACAAGUUAUCCCAUGCUCAAGUUCCUGCGGAUGAAGCUGUGGCUCACCCGCUUCAAGAAUAUCAACCCCUACCCUGUGCCCCGAGAUCUGCCCCAGGACCCUUUGGACCUGGCCAAGCUAAGCCUGCGACACAUGGAGCCUGACCUCAGUGCCAAGGUCACUGUCUACCAGAUGUCUUUGCCCAGUGAGUCCACAGGCAUAGAUCCCAUCCAGCCCCACAUUGUAGGAAUUCAGAGUCCUGAUCAGCAAGCUGCCCUGGCCCGCCACAACCCAUCCAAGCCUGUUUUUGUUGAGGGCCCUUUCCCUCUCUGGCUGCGCAAUAAGUGUGUUUAUUAUCAUAUCCUGAGAGCUGAUCUGCCACUCCCAGAGGAAGAGAAUGUAGAGGAAAUCCCAGAAGAAUGGAAUCUCUAUUACCCAAUGAAGCUGGACCUGGAAUAUUCAAGGAGCGGCUGGGACAACUAUGAGUUUGACCUGGAUGAAGUGACAGAAGGCCCUGUCUUCGCCAUGUGCAUGGCUGGUGCCCAUGACCAGGCAACACUGGUCAAGUGGAUCCAGGGCUUGCAGGAGACCAACCCAACCCUGGCACAGAUCCCUGUGGUAUUUCGCCUGGCCAGGUCCACAGGGGAGCUGCUGACAACCUCAAGGCUGGAGGGCCAGUCCCCUCCCGACGGUCCUCCCAAGGGCCAGGAGGAAGAUGAGGGCCUUCAGACACAGCCUCAGCAGGGUCAGAGUUGAGUCUGAGCUGGCAUGAGCUGUACAGAAAUUGGACUGGUACAAAAUAAUAUGGACAAAAUAAAACCCUUUUCUCUGGCCAUGUAGCUUUCCUUCA